AUGCGCGAAACCAACAACAUUCGGUUGCGUUUGGUGGUCCGCCGCCACAGCCUCCCCGAGGUCCGGGUCGUUUUCCCAGUCCGACUGGACGCCGACCCCACCAUCGCGAACCUCCUCGAGCAGGUGAACGAGAUCAUCCCCCUCGAAAGUAACAAUUGGGGCCUUGAGGAUUAUUCGGUAGAGCUUCGCGACGCCGGCGGUCACGGAUUCGACUGUUUGCACUUCCAACCAGUGUCACUCACUCUCAAGAACGACGAGGAGGUCUUCAUACGCCCCCUCGAUACUGGAGACCGACGCAAACGCCGCCUAACGGGUCGAGAUCAGAUCUCGACAGAUGGGAAGCACCUCAUCGACGGGAUUGCGUUUGGGCGGCCCCGGCUCAGAACCCCCAGAGACCGGCCUGUGGUUGACAUUCCGCCCCUGAAGCGCCGAAGAAUCACAUACGACAAUGAAGAAGGGGAGAUUGAACCACCGCAGUUGCUGCUUACCGAGCGUGGUGAGGUCGAGCGGCCUCGCCACACUGUCCGGUUCGAUCUUGCCUCUGCCGAACCGGAAGAGGCCGAGGAAGAAGAUGAAGAUUUUGUGAUUAACGAGUCCGACGAAGAAGACGCCGAAGACGACCUUGACCAAGCCGACCUUGAAGAUGAGCUGCGCGAUCUUCAAGCGGAGAAUGAGGAGUCGACAAAUGAUAAGCGUUUGCCAGCCGCCGGAGAAGGAAGGCCGGUCGGCCUUGAUCUACAAACUCUAGAAAAUAUUGCCAAUCUCCGGGCUGCCUUCCCGACCGCCGGGUUUGAGGCGUGCGAAAAGUCACUUGCAAAGUCUGGGGGCGACGCCCGCAACGCAUACUUGGACCUUCAAACCGAACACCGGCCGCGUGUGGCGUUGAAUGACAUUCUCCCCGAUGCUCCAACCGACGCCGCAGCAGCCGAAGAUGCAGAGGACGAGAGUGAUGCCGAGUCCGUAGCAUCUAUGGUUAAACAUUUCGACCAACACGGUUUCCCGAGUGGUUCUAUUCUAGCAGGGACGGCAGCCGCUCAGAUAGCAGAAGUUAUGCGGCAAUCGGGUCACGCCGUAAAACUGCCGGUGCACACCAAGUUUGACGAAGAUACGGCCGGCCAGGGACCAACCCCAAGAGAAGAAGCGGCGGGCGAAAGUGAUGCAGACGCCGCCGCCGCCGCCGACGACGACGACAGCGAAAGUUACCACGAGAGUGAUGGUGGAAGCGAGAGCGGGGACGAAAGUGAUGACGACAGUGAGAGUAAUGAUGGGAGUGAGAGCGAUAGCGGCCCAGAGGUUGCAUCUUCCAAGCUCCCCGGGGGUCCUGGCGCCACGCCUGAUGGCGAUGUGACCUCUCCAACUUCAGAGGAGAGCGACCAUGAGGGCAAUGACGAUGAAGACAGCAGUGAAGAUAGCGAUGAUGAAGCCGCCAGCGGUGACGACGGCGAGAACGAGAGUGAUGAGUCUGAGGACUCCAGUCAGGCGGAUGGCAGUGAUGUGGACGAUGAAUCUGACAGUGAUUUCGACAAUGAUAACGCCUCUGGUUCCAAUACAAAUGAGGAUCCCGACGACGUUAGUGGCACCUCGGAGGGAGCCCCGGAUGUUGAUUCCGAAGACAGCUCCGCGAGCGGAAAAGCGAGUCAAGAGUCGGAAUCGGAUGAUGAUUCGUCAGAUGAGAGUGCAAACGAUACAACAAAACCGAUCACAAGUCCUGCCAAGACAACCCAAGCAAGGCCCCUGGAGGUGCAAGACGACAACAGGCUGGGCCCCGCGAUGCGCCCCGCCGAACCCGGGAUACCAGUGCCACCAGGACAAGGGAAAACAGCGACCAAGAAGCGCAACGCUCGGCGAAGGCUGGCGAUUGCUGCGAAGAAGGCUGUAGCCCGCGGAGAGCUUUUGCUACCCACCAGCGAGCCCAAACCGCCACCCACGGCAGAACCCAUCAAGACUGUGCCCUCCUUUGCAGAUAAGAAAGCGGCAUUACUUAAAGUGUUGGGUGCCAUACCGAUGGACGCUUUGGAACAAGCACUGUUACCCAACGUUGACACCAAUGGCCCCAGCCAACCGCAAAAACCCACGGAUGUCACCCCAAAACCAGACUUGACACAACAACCCGACGAGAAACCAACCGUCGAGGUAAACCCCGACGCAUGGCGGGACAAGAUUGUGUAUCGUGCGGUCGAGUGCUGCCAAGAGGGAGUCGAACUGAGCGAGCCACCCUUCCCAUUCGUUCAACGUUGGGACCCUCAACAGCAGUUCUUUUACAAGCAUGACAGAACUAGCGGCGGCCGUUCGAAACGGAAGCAGCACGAUCAAGACGUCUUUGUCGAUGGAGGAAAGGCAUCUGGCAAAAAGAGGAGAAAGUCUAACUGGGAUUCGUCGUAUUAUGAGACCGAUCGCGAUGAUGAGCAAUCUUACACCAACCCUGAUGAUACCGUUCUCAACUACGACGAUGAGCCUUCGGAGCUGCAAGCACCGGGACAGAGUUGGGAAGAAACGGAAGGGGUACAAGAGGAGGACGACCUGCCAACCCUUCCGCCCGACGUCACGCAUCUUCCGCUGCUCGCUCCAGGCAAGGCUCGACCAGGGAUGAUCAUCACAUGGAACCAGUGGCUGCUUUCCAAAGGGACAAAUUGGCAACCUCAAGUCUCUCCCUUGACCGGUGUUGUCGUUGAGGUUUUCGACGAUAAUCAGCUCCAAGUCCGCCUGGCAAAGAGGGAUAGAAACCUUGACCGUAACGAAAGGACUUAUGAUGACGAUGGGAACCGGGUGUACGACAAGUUCGAGUUGCCGGGGGCAGACGAGGACAGCGAGGGCCUUGCCGAGGAGGGGUACCGGGACCUUGACUUCGCGGACUUGAUCGAACCUCGCAUUCUUCAACCGGUCCCUGACACCGCUGCUACCGGAGUCUCGGAACUGCCUUGCGGGGUUCAAGAUAAGGCAAUUCCCGAAGGCGAGUUGCCUGAUGUCGAGCAUGGAGCUGAGGAAGCACAACUGGGGAGUGACAAAAACGGCACCGUCCCCGGUCCUAUUCCCCAAAUCACUCAAACGAACCCCGACACUCCAAUCUCGGAGGACCGCCGGCAUGAGAUCAGCCUUCUUAUCAACAAUGCCGGCUUUCGAAAAGAUGUUGACCCUUCCGUCGCCAAGAUGGCCGAAAACGACCUCGAUCUUAGCAGCCCUUCCAGACAGCUCGAGGAGAUGACACACGAAGCAACCCUGCUUUCCCAAGAUCCAGAUUCUCUCGACGAAAGCAAUCCAAAACUGCCGUCUGAAAUUCCGUCGCAUGACCUCGAGUCCCACCCCACCGUCGUCUUUGAACCUUUCCACGGCUUCUCGGAUGCUGCGUCGGAAGUUCCUACUGAGCGCCAAGUUGCUUAUCCCAAAUUAGCCCUUCCGCCCUCUGAGACCGACAGUAUGCCCAGCGGGCGGCGGCAGGUUGACCCAGAUUUUAGCAUCGACCUGGGCGGUGACUCGUUCCAUGAUCCCGAAGAUCCUACCCUCACAUCUCGCUCGACUAUCGGUCUCCACAACAGCGAUGAACUGGAUCUACCCGCACGCAAAGCCGAAUUUGAUGCCGAAUCGGAUGCCGAAUCGGACUUAUCUCUGAGUGACAUAUGGGGUUCGGCGCCACCUCAGUCAUCCAAAUCUCCCAAUAAGCGCGUCGCACCUACCAUCUCACUCUCGAAACGAAAUGUUGCUCCAGAUCCGGAGUAUGAGCGAGCGAUGCAACGUCUUGAUUCCGAUGAUAUCUCCGAGGCUGACGACAAUGACGACCGGGAAAACAUGUCGGAGCUUGCCCAAAAGCUAGUUGACAAACCCAUCGUCAAACCAUCUCCAAAGAAGCAGGAUCCAGGUAUGCCGAAGAAGACAAUAACCCGGAUCAAGGCGGAACAAUCUUCCCCGCAUACUGUGCGACUCCCUGGCCCCAGCCCGAAAACGACAGGCAAGAGUGGCUCACCGUUCGUCAUCCCUCAGGGAUCCCAGGUGGUCUCGCUCCUGACUAGCAGCCCGGAGCCCGAACUGGAAGAAGACUACGCGGAGGAUAGCAUCGACGAGACGUAUAAUGAACCCGACAUGCCGACGGGGGCUGGUUGGGUUCGGAAAUCAGGUACACAACGCGGCGCUGUGCGUGUUUUGAUGUCGCCAUCGACGAAAGCCGCGUCUGGGGCUGCGCCCGCAUCGAAGCCGAGCGCCGAUAAGAAGACGACCGCGGUACUGAGCUCAUUACUUCGGGCGAAGAAGAAGGUCUUGUCAAAUGUGCUCUAA